CAAUUAGCGACAUUCGAUAUUAUCCCAACAGGUUCUCCAUUCAUCCCGACCUCUUUUCCGUUCUCUUCAAAACAAAAAUGGCGUGGUUUCAAAUUGUAUCAGUUCUAUUCAUCUUUAUUACAACUACAAAUGGUCAAUGUCAGUAUGACACAGCUUCGGCCGUUUGCUUCUGCAACAAGGAAGAUUAUGUCAGGGAAGUGAGGAUUGUAGAAGUGAUGUCAGAAAGUUGUGACUGUAUGAUACAUCUGGUAGACUUCAAUGAGCCCCCUACUGUAGCAAACAUGUUUAACAGAGAGUGUAGCUGGACAUGCACAAAUGAGACAUGUGUACCUGACAACAUAUUAGAAGUGACAAGGAAGGAAAAAACACCCACCAAGCCUAGAAGUGUAACAACAACAGACCACGCAGAAGCAUGGCCCACCACUAGGGAUUCAACAACCAGUGAUCUCAAAGAAGCAUGGCCUACCAGAACAGUCAGGGUGACCACAGACAGCAAAGAACCACAUUCAGAACAGAAGAAAGACCUGGGACUUAAUGCAUUUAGUAAGACUUUUAGUGUUCAUGACUAA